AUGGGUGUCAAUCAAAGCAAGAUUUCGUAUGAAGCAACAGCAACGACGACAUUGACGACGCGCAGGCCACCUCUGGACACAAGUGCCAUCACCAACAGCAGCUCACGACCAACGACCACUACGACCGAGCCAUUGGAUCCAACUUUGUUAGGUUGUACAACCAGGCACGGGAUAGCGGAUCCGACAACGAGUUCCAAUUAUAAUGGCACGAUCCGGAAUUCGUCCGACAAAAGACAACGCCAACAUUCUAGCACUGAAGAUAGUGGCUAUGUCGGCAGCACAGUCAUGUUUCCACAGACAUCCACCAUUACCGAUUUAUGUGGUCUCGAUGAAACACAGACCAGCUCGGUGAUCGUCACAGCUGCUACAGCUCUUACAACAACAUCUUCUUCUUCACCACCCUCUUAUAGCAACUACAACAACAACAAUGCAACAACGACAACAACAACAAGAUCAUCUCGUCCACCGAUCAACUAUCGCCUUUGUGUGGAUGACAUUCUUCAAGAACUUGCUGCUGCAUCACCCCAUGAAACGAAUCCUAUCCUCGAUGCUGUAUUUGCUACUGCUCGUCAGCUUGAUGACCCUCGCGAUCAUGCAGCAGCAUUUAGAGCAGCACAAAUAUGGAGCAAACAAACAAAUGACGACGAUGCAAGCAAUGUUGCAGCUGUAUGGGUCGCACGUUGUUUAUUGGAUGGAUGGGGUAUGCGUGGUCAUGCAAAAGAAGGGUUUGACCAACUGCAACAGCUCGCUGGUCGUGGCUGUUGGCAAGCCUUUUUCCCACUUGGCCUUUGUUAUUUGCAUGGUGUUGCUCAUGUACAACCACCCGACAAGACACUUGCUCUUACUUGGUUCAGCACAACAGCUCAACUUGAUCCAGAUAAAACAGCUCAUGCUCGAUCAGUGAUUGCCCUUGCACAAUUACAUGUGGGUGCCUUGACGUUACAAGAGAACCAUCUUGGAGAAGCCUUUACUUGGUUCCUGAAAAGUGCCAAUAUUGGAAAUGCGCAUGCUCAGUUUCUUGUGGCCAUUUAUUACGCCCUAGGAUGCCAUACAAAAAAGGAUUGGGAUCUCGCCAAACGAUACCUUCAUAAAAGUGCUGAGCAAGAUUUCUCUCGAGCACAGGCUGAUUUGGGAAUCAUGCUUGUCAAGGAUCACAUGUAUGUAGAAGGACUACAAUGGCUUGAAAGAGCUGAACAAGCGCAAGAUCCAAGAGCAUUGUAUCAACUCGGCCUUAUGUAUGAGCAUGGUGAUGGUGUUGAUCAAUCCAAUGAACGCGCUUUAUUCUAUUUGAAAGGUGCAGCUGAGCAUGAGCACGUCCUUGCGCAGUAUCGUCUAGCACUUCAUUAUCUUGAUGGCGGUAUUGGCUUGGAACCCAAUCUUCAAAAAGCGGAUCAAUUUCUUCGACAAGCAGCACAUGCGGGUCACCCACCAGCACAACGUCGAUUGGGUUGCUUAUAUCUCGAAGGUCUCGGCCCACCCUCAACUACCGAUCAUGUACGCCUUCAACAAUACAAGAGCAACAAGAUUGCAAUGGAGUGGUUCAAUCGAGCUGCCGUGCGUGGUGAUAUGCAAGCGUAUGUGCUCAUUGGUGAAUGCUACGAGAAGGGUCGUGGUGUCCAUGUCAACCAAAAAACAGCCCUUGAAUAUUACCGUAAGGCUGCUGAGACCAAAAGCACCUAUCAGAUGAAUGGUCAAUAUGCGCUGGCAGAACUUUUAUUCAGGACUGGACAAGCGGGUGAUGCUUUUGACUGGUACAAACGCGCCUCAUCUCAUCAGCAUGUUGAAGCAUCCUUCCUCAAACCGAUACGUCGUGCAAAACUCAUGGUGGCUCGCUAUUAUUUGCAUGGAUGGGCCCAUGUCAACCCUGACAAGGCACGUGCUUUUCAAAUGUUGAAUGAACUUUCAGACCAUGAUGGUGACAGUGCGCAUUAUUGGCUUGCAUCAUGUUAUUUGGAAGGCAUCCCUGGUGUUUGUGAGGUGGAUACAACGGUGGCUUUCAAGUAUUACAUGAAAGCAGCCAAAGCUGGACAUAUGGAUUCUCAAUUUGAGGUAGCUUACAUGCUAGCACAUGGAAACGGCACAAUGCGUAAUCGUGAAGAAGCAUUGCUUUGGUAUAAGAAGGCUGCCAACAAGGGACAUCCAGUCGCCAUUUAUACGCUUGGAUUGCAUUUCUUGCAUAAUGUGCGGAAUCUCAACAAGGCCAUGAUUUACUUUGAACGUGCUGCUGAUCUUGGGCAUACCGAAUCGAUGGAACGCCUUGCUGAGAUUUAUCUUAUGGACAUUGCUCGCCCCAUCUCAUCACUCGACCGUGCAGCCAAACGAUCUCAAGAACAAAGAUGCAAACAAGCACUUGCGUGGAUCAAACGAGCUGCUGAGCGUGGACAUCGUGUUGCACAACGUGAAUUAGGCAAGCUGCAUGAUCGUGCAUUGGGUGUGCCUGAAGAUCAUCAAAAGGCAUUCGAGCUUUUCUCAUGUGCUGCACAACAAAAUGAUACCGUUGCUAUAUUGCUCCUUGGAAGUUACUAUGAACAUGGUCAAGGCGUUCCUCAAGAUGUCCAUCGUGCCCUUGAACACUAUUUACGGGCUGCAUCCUUGGGCUCUGAAAGAGCAUCUUUUGCAGCGGGGCAAUUGUAUCACAAGCUUCAUCGUUUCCAAGAAGCCUAUGUACAAUACAAGAUUGCAGCAAAGGAUAAGCGUCUUAGAGGAAGCGUUACUGGCAAAACCGCUAGGCUGAUGGUGGCACGUUAUGUGUUGCUUGCCAUGGUGUCCAAUCCUGAAGAGACAAAAGAAGAAGCUUUUGAAAUGCUGCAUGAUCUUGUAUUGAAGGAUGAGUUCUCACCCUCCUUUUAUUGGCAUGGUUAUUGCUGUCACCAUGGCCUAGGUACAGCCGUUCAGCUUGAAAAGGCAAUCCAUUGGUACAAUCGAGCUGCUGAAGAAGCCAAGGAUACUCAAGCCAUGGUCCAACUAGCCAAUUUGUACGAGCAAGAAAGCCCAUCGUCCGAAGAAGACGAUAUGCGUAUUAUUCAAUGCUUGAAACGUGCUGCUGAACUAGGUGAUGCAGAAGGCCAAUAUAAGCUUGGGAUGGCUCAUUGGAGAGGAUUGCAGCGUAUGGAGAUUGACAAAAUCAAGGCAGCUGAAUGGUUCAAGCAAUCUGCCUCUCAAGGCUAUGGCAUGAGUCAUUGGGCUUUGGGACAAAUGUUUCUUGAAAAUGGUGAUCGUGACAUGGCAUUAUUGAGUUGGGAUAAUGGUGUACGACUCGAAAAUGCUGCAUCGAUGCGAUCACAGGCACAGCUUUUACUUACGAUGCUUCCUGAAACGGCUGAACAAGAUCGACGCGUGCAAUAUACCCGUGCAAUGAAACUCUUGACCGAUGCAGCUCACCAAGGCGAUGCUGAAUCCCACUUGUAUCUCGGACGUAUUUAUGUCGCUGAUGCUGCAGCCCUAAAGCAGCGAGCGCAUGCCAUUGAUGGCGAUCUUGAUGAACACACAAGCAAUGAUAUCAUGGUACUACUUGAGCAACAAAAGCAACAAGAGGAGCGUGCCAAGAAUCAUUUGGAAAUCGCUGCCAAGGAGGGUCAAGUAGAGGCGAUGUUCCUUGCUGGUCAAAUUUGGCACGAGCAAAGUAAUUAUCUUCAAGCCAACAAGUAUUAUCAACAAGCAGCAGAUGCUGGCUAUAUGCUUGCACGUGUAAUGCGAGCACGAUAUCGACUUGCUGAAGGCUUGCCAGGCAUCGUAGCUGAUCCAGAAGCUGGAUUUAAGGAGUUGAUGGCGUGUGCUCAAGAACAAUGCAGCAGUGCUUAUCAUUCGCUUGGACAAUGUUACGAGCUUGGACUUGGAGUACAGCAAGAUUACGAAAAGGCUCUUGAAUGGUAUUCUCGAUCGGUUGAAACCACAGCGGAUGCUGAAGCUGUUUUCCGAAUUGGUCGUAUCCAUGCUCGUGAUCAUAAGGAGCUUGAUGCAUGUCGUUGGUAUGAGCUUGCAUGCCACAUGGACAACACACAUGCUCGUGCCCACUACCAUCUUGGAUUGUACUACUUGCACGGCGUUCAUGAUACCAUUCAACGUGAUUUUGAAUCAGCAGUGUAUCACCUUCAACAAGCCAUUCGCCAAAACGACUAUGAUGCCAUGUUUGAACUUGGUAUAUUAUACUUGAGCGAUGACAUGCAAUUUACCGUUGAGCAGCAAUUGGAUGGCUUUGCCUAUUUGGAACAUGCCUCCCAGUUGGGGUCAUGUGAUGCUCAGCGUGAACUUGGCAAGCUCUAUCACACCGGCAAGGAUUAUUGUCCGAGUAUCGAUGACACGGGUAUCGUCACUAUUGUUCCCCAGCAACUCGAUCGUGCCUUCGACCUAUUUUGUCAAGCAGCUGAACAAGGAGAUCGCAGUGCGGCAUUGUUUGUGGGGACAUUUUACGAACAUGGUAUUCAUGUAUCAGCCGAUCCAUCCAGUGCUGCCCAAUGGUAUGAUAUUGCGAUUCGCUUGGAUUUACAACAACCAUGGUGGGUUGCCGAACUUGCUCUUGCACGUGUAUUACAUCAAGAUCCUAGCCAACGAUCGCGCGCCUAUCAGCUUUUCCAAGCCGCCUUUGAACAUGCUGAAACCGAUGAACAACGCUCCACAGCUGAAAUCAUGAUGGCACGCUAUCGAUUGCAUGGUUGGGGCGAUGUAUCCAUCCAAGAUAAAGUGGCCAUGAUGGUACUGUUGCGGUAUGCACGUGCAGGCGAAGCUCGCGUUUUCUAUGAAGUUGCAUGGAGCUUUGAACGUGGCCUUGGUGUGGAUCAAGAUCUAAAGCAAGCCUUCAUCUGGUAUAGUCAACUGGAACAACUCGCAAGUACCCUCACACAAGAAGAAGAAGAGCUUCUCGAUGACGACUUGCAACAAGAUAUCACCAAUGCACUUGUUCGUCUCGUUGAAUUCUAUCGCUGUGGAUGGACAACACGUGUGGAUCUAGCCAAAGCUACCACCCUCGAAAACCAAAUAGCACGUCGUACUGCUCGUGUACGAGAUUUAUGA